GAAAGGUUGCUGUGUUUACGCGAUUUCCUCCAUGAUGGUCUUUUCUAUUUUCGAGCAUUAAGUUAUCAUAUCGAUAUUAGUAAUUAGAACCAGUUGGAAAAAAUAUAUCUUAUGUCAUUAUGUAUUUAUUCUGAAGAUAUUGGUCACUGUGAACUAAGAUUGGACCACCAAUGUACUUCCACACCCUCAGAUUUAUAUUUUAAAGUAAGAAACAGUAGAGGCUUAAAUUCAAUUCUAAUUGAAAACGUGAAGUAAGCACUUUAUUAUUAUUUAAUAAUGAAAAUUUAAGCAUAAAAAAAACAGUACAAAAUUCAAGAGAGAUAAUUGUCAGCAACCUAAGCGUGAGCCGCGUAGUCAAGAAACAGCAGAACAUGUCAUCAUUCUUGAACUUGUUCUGAAAGAUAAAUUCAUGGAUAUCUGAUUAUCCCUGGAGGUCCUGAAUUGGCUAAGCAGCUUUCUUCAUGCCUGUCAGAUAUUACAUGUGAUGUGAGCCAAGCAAGAUGUGAUGUGAGCCAAGCAAGAUGUGCUGUACAGUCAACUGUUCAAGAUAUCCAAUCAGGAUUUUGUUAUUCAUCCAUACAUCACAGCAGUGUGACGGCUGUCCAUGUCAGGCUUAUGUUUCAUAAUUACCUGGGGCAUAUCAUGACUUCAGCAGUAAAAUAUCAUUAUUUUCAUUAUUAUCUGCUUCAGCUACAGAUGGCUGCCGUUGAAGAAAGAACCAUGUUUUAUAGACUUUCUGAAAUCACAGUCACGGCAACUCCAUGUCUUACCAUCUGCACUGCCACCAUGGAUAUUUAUAUGGCAAAGCUGUUGACAACAGCUUUGCCACUGUUGACAAGUAGCAUAAUAAACGUUCUGCUAGCCGAAAUAUGCAUACUUCUGUAUCAGUUAUUUCUGACAACAAUGACUGGUUGUACUUGUCUGCUUGCUGAUGCAUUCUGGCUAUGAAGUUUGAAUUGACAAAUGAUUGUCGGAGCACACGUUCUUCCAGCCAUUUAUAAGUUUACAUUCAAACUAGACAACCAGAGGUUGCCUAGGUUACAUUCAAACUGCACAUCAGAAAUUUGAAUUUAGGCACCUAAACUGAACAAUUACUUUUUUGUGACUUAAAAUUAGCUUAAUAAAACUUAUGUAUUUCAGGUCUAAUUAUUUUUAGUUUGUAAUUAUUUUAGGCAAUACUCAUUGAUUAGAAUUCAAUUCUACUUUAGUAAGAUUGUGUUGUCUUAGAAAUAUUUAGAGAAUUUGGCAUGUUCAAAUUUUAAGAGUUUGGCUACUCAAAGUAGGUUAGCUAAGGCUACUUAGAGUAAGAGUGCUAAGUUAACUAUGAAGGUCUAGCUUAGAGCAGCUUAGACUUAGUGUAUCUAGAGAGACCAUCCAUAAAUGACGGCACACUAUUUUGGCUGAUUUUGAACCCCAUCAGACCCAUUAUCAUAAAUUUGUCAAACAAUCAGAAUUGAGAAAAUGCCGCCCCCCCCCCCCCAUCCCUUUUCCCCUUUGUUUUUCUCUGUUGCGUGAUGUAAUUUAUGGAUGGUCAAAAGACAUCUUAGUCAUUCGAAGUGUAAAGAAAUAACUAAACUUAACAAGUAAGUCUGGUUUAAGUCAGUAAGUAAUAAGUUAAAUAAAAGUAGACUAAGUAGGGCUAAUAUAUUAAAAAAUAGAUAGUAACAUUAUAACUAGAGGCCAUCCAUAAGAGACCUCUGGCAUUUAGUGGCCAUCAAUAAAUUUAUCACUUGUCUGAGGGUGGGGUUUAGGAAUUUGUAUGAUAAAAGUGUCUAAGUUGUGCUAAAAAUUUGCAGGGAGGGGUUUUAAAAAAUUGGCAGUAGUCAAAAGUAACUAGUAAAAGUAAGUUAGUAGGCUAUAAUGAGUAGUUCUAGUUUAGUACUUAUCAGCAAAAUUUAUAUAGUUGUAAUGAGCAAGUAAGCAUAGUUUUAUUAAGUAAUUAGAUGAGUAGUCUAUUAAAAAAAAUAAUUUUUGUAACAGUAUGAAUACAUGAAAUUUAAGAUUAGUCUGAUAGGUGGGUUACUUUAUGCCAUCCCAGUGUGGCAUGCAUUACGAUCUUGGAUAGCAAAUUACCAUCUAGUUCAUGAAAUUAUUAUAAACUUUGUCUAGAAGAGCUGUUCAACGCAGUUUAACCCCCACAGAAAAUUAUGUAUACAAUUCUAGUGCCUUAUAAUGUGAGUCUUUGUGAUUGCCCUACUACAUAAAUUGACACUUCUAACAAUAAAAUAGUGGUAAAACCAAUAACUAUUACACAUAUUAAUUACCAAAAAGAAUGAAAAAUCAAUUGAAGAGCUCUACAGCUGCAAUCCUGAUUUGGCCAACUUAACAUGUGCCGUGUGAAUUUGAGAAGUGUGGCUGGCAUUGUUCUUGUGAUCCUGUUGUUUUAGCUGAUGUAGUAUGAAAUCAUUUUUAAUAAAAUAAAUAAAAUUGAAAUCAUUUAACCCAUUUCUUUUCAAUCAUUAAGAUAACACAGCCAGUAGCAUUUUAAAACUACUAAUACCGGUAUAGAGAAAUUAGAAACAAAACAAAAAUCCUCUUUGCUUUCAUUAUAUAUCAAAUGUUUAAAAAUAUUUUUGUUCAUUGAUAAACUAAAUCUCAGAAAAACACUAAAUAGAAAAGUUAGUAGGUUUGAGCCUAAAAUAUUUUAAUUUAUGCUCUUUUCUAAUGUUCUUUUACUUACAUAUUUUAUCUAUUUUUUUUAGAUUUUAAGUCACCCUAAUGAGAGUACUGGAAGUUGAUCCAUCAAUUUCUUACACAAUGGGAAAAAACAGGAAGCAUAGAAUACGUAAAUCUAAAGAAAAUGAAGCUGAUGAAUCCAGUGAAGACAGUCUGCAAAAUGGUAUGGCGGACAUUAUUGUGCUUCAUUUGCUUUUUAAGAGUUGUGUGUUAAUUAUAAUUUAUUCAUUGCAACUUCACUAGAGUAUUUACUUAAUAAAAUAAUGAUUGCAUGAUUAGGCUGGGGUAUUUAUUUUUGGUUUUACUACCUUAAGCAAGCUCUCAUGUAAACUCUUCUUUGCUUUGUCAAAAUAAAAAAAAAAGGAGAAUAAGUUGUUAAAGAUUUCUUGAAUUCAAUUUCAAAUAAAAACUUACGUUGAAAUGCUGGAGGAUUGUUUUCUCUUCUUAUUUGGGGUUUCCAAUUGUAGUAAUAAAUCAAAAAAAGAAAAUGUUUUAUUGUUGAAUCUUUUUUUUAAAGUUAGUUUUCAGCGUUUCUUAUUGUAUUAUUUCAAAUAAUGUCAAUGAAACAUUUUCUUUGAAGGAGGCUGUCCACAUGUAACUAAGGCUGUUAACCUUGCUGCAAUGAGGAAAGUUAUUUUAAAGCCAACUGUUUCUUUAGGAGAAUGUUCUGUAAGUUAUAUACAUAGUGAACUAUACAUUUUUGUCAGUGCCUGCAUAAUGAAGUUAUUAUUUUUAUUUGAUGAUUUAUAUUCAAAGCUUGAAGGACAUACCAUUGCAUUUUGAAGAAAAAAAAUGUGCUAGAUUUUAUGUCAUAAUAAAUUAAUUAUUUUUACGUAAACAAAAAUGCUUGAUCACUGACAUUAUUUGAUUACAUUUUUUACAUUUUAUUACAAAAUCAGAGUUGCAGCAAAGAGGCUCCUAAUUCAUCUUCAAGGGAUCUAUUUGGAAGUGUCAUAGAAGGUCCGGUGCCAGCUGCAGAAAGUGAUGACACUGAAGGUGGGGAGACAACUAUUUGUGUCUGCUUACAAUGUGGCCAUCAAGUGAGUAUUUUGUAGAGAGCAAAUGGUUUAUUUUGGUCUUGAGGUUUUAUAAAUGAAAUUAAAACUGGAAUUCUACUAUUCAUUUUUUAAAAAUUACAUUUCUUUUUGUGGUAUCUUGCUUAAAAUGAUGAAAAUUGCAAUAUAAGUGAUAUAGAUUAUGAAAAAAAAAAUUAAUAGAUUUUGAAAAGCUAUUUGAUAAGAGAUAUGUAGCUACAAAUGUUUGUAUCAAUACAAAGUAAGAUAAAGCUAUUACUGUUUGUAUUAUGCCAUAACCAACUGUAAUUCCAGAAAUUGGACUUAUAUGCAAUCUGUAUCUCAUAAAGUGGGAUUACUGUUAUCAGGAAAUCCUGAGGCUAGCACAUGAAGUGCCUACUAGUUUGAUCUCACUUUCUUAUACAAAAUGUUAUGAUUUGAUUUGGGUAGUAUUAUGUGACUUUCCAUAUUGAAAUUAUGUCCCAAGAAUGGCAUUAUCAUCAAUUUUUUUGCUGAAAGUUUGCAUUGUAUAUUGAAAAAUUUGCUUAAAACUUCAGUCGAUGAGAACAAACAAAUUGAAAAAAGAAUUAUCUCUUUGCAGGGGUGUGACAGGAAUUCUCUCAACAAACACGCCAUCAAACACUACAAGAUCCCUCACUCAUCUAUACAUUGUUUAACUGUUAAUCUCACCACCUGGGCAACCUGGUGAGUAUUGGAAAUGUUUUAGGCUAUAAUUGAAUCACUUUGCUGUUUUAAUUUUUUUUAUUAAAGUGAUACAAUAUAACUUGAAGCAGUUAAAAACAAAAUUUAUUAUGUUUUUUCCUGUUAUGACAAUAUGAGAAUCAUGAAGCCUCUUGAAAAAGUGUUGAUCAGAUAUUAUUUUAUUGUCUUUGUUUUAAUUUAACCAAAUGCCAAUGUCCUGCCCCUUAAAAACUUGCAGUAAAAAUAAUGCUUUUAUGUGCUUGUUUCCAUUGCAUUUAUUUCAAAAGAACUUUUAUAAAUCAUGUUUACCUUCAUGUCAGGUGUUAUAUAUGUGAUGAUCAAAUCCCUGUCAAUGGCAGAAUCCAGCCAUGUAUAGACUUUCUCCAGAAACAAUUUGGUGUGGCAAAAACAGACUUUGCGCAACUACCAGGUAUCUUAAAAAACAGACCUGUUUACCCCCAAACUCUUAAAGUCGUACAAUAUCAUCACAAAAUUGUUCAAUAUAUAUUAUCUUAAUAGUAAAAAAUAAACAUACAGUAUAUAUAAUGUAUACACCUCAAAAUCGUUCAUUGUAUGCCAAAUCGUAAGAGUAAACAGGUCUGAAAAAUUCUUUUGAAAUUUCAGGUUAUUUAGUCUGUUACUAGUUACGUUAUUUAAAAUCUUGGAAUAGUUGAGGAAAAAAAUGAAAGGUUUAUUUAAAAAAAAAAAAAAAUAGAAAGAAGUAAAAGGUUUAAUUUUUUUUAAUGUUCUUGUUUGUGAAUUUUCUCAAUUAUAUUCACUGACUAGAUCUGAUUCAUUCUUUUUAAACUGGCAUAUUUAAAAAAAAAAAUAUAUGAAAUUCUUCAUAACUUAGUAAUGAUUGACUCAUACCACAGGCCGUCCAUUAGAAAGUCCAGAUACUGAAGCUUCACCAUCAUCAGUCAACAGUCCUACUUGUAAAUCAGCUGCACCCAUUUCCUGUAUUAAAGUUAAGGUGAGUAAGCUAAAGUUAUGGUAGACUAUAUGUCACAAUAAAAUGAUGAUUACAUUCCAUUUGGUAUAACUUUGAAUCUUCCUAAUGAACAUAGAUAAGUUGUGAAUAAAUUAAAUUUAUUUUGAAACAGUCUUUGCUGUAAAAUAAAAUGGCUGCCUAGGGUGUUGUGGCAGUUGUCCAGUUUUGUUAUUAUUUUUUGGAGUCUCAGUAUUGAAAUGUAAUUGGUCUAUUCAGCAUUCACGACUGAUGUUAAAUUAUUAAAAGAUAAUAAUUGAUGGACUGCACUCCUAAGCUUUGGUGGAGACCAUAUCUAUUAAUAUUGUUUACUUUUUGUUCUAUUCUAUUCUAUUCUCAAGGGUUUGAACAAUCUUGGCAAUACAUGCUUCUUCAAUGCAGUAAUGCAGGUGAAUACAGUUUGAUUUUGAAGUUUGUUUUACACUUAAUAUUAUUUGUAAACAUCUGAUAACUGUUAUUGUUAAUAACCGUUACAUUUACUUUCAAACCGUUCACUUAGCUAGCACUAAUGUUUCAGCCUGACCUACUGGUUAAUUUUGACAGUAAAUGAGUGACCAGUAAAUUAAAUAAUAUUAAUUAUAAUUAACCAAUGAUAAUUUUGUCUUUUAUGCAUUUUCUAUAAGAAAGUUGACAUCUAAAUUGUGUUGUGACAUCUUAUUCUGGUUGGAUGCCACAUAUACUUUUUACAAUUAGAUGGCUAAUAUGGUUUAGUCUAUUUCCUUACAUCAAUGUUUGCAUUCCACAGAGCAUAUGUCAGACUAGAGGGCUAGAGUCACUGUUACUUGACCGCACUAAACCUGGAAGGUUGUGCAAUAUCCCAGGCCCAGAGCUUGGCUUUGAAUCCGACAGCUGUUCCAGUGAUGAAGAUGAGCAGAACGAAGAGGAUCUGGCAGUUAAGAUUAAACCACUGGUAAAAUUUCAUUUCUAUGGGAACCACUAGUACAAUUACAUUUUUAUGAGAACCACUAGCACAAUUACAUUUUUAUGAGAACUAAUAGUACAAUUAUAUUUUUGUAGGAACUGAUUUACCUAUUAAGUAAUAAGCUACAGCUCUCUUAAGAAACAGUUGUACAACAUUUCAAAUGUGACAUCCCAUUUGAAAAUUAACUCUUUUUUUAAAAAUGCUUUUAAUAAGUGCCUGCUUUUGCUUUUUAAAAAAAAUUUUAAUAACUUAACAGAUCUUGUAAGAUAUUAAUUUAAGUAUGAAAUUUAAUGCAUAAACUUCAUUUUCACACAAGAUUUCUGUUCAGAGCAUGACUCAUAGUUACAAUAAUGUUUGCUGGAAUCCAAUUUCUGUCCUCAGUGUCCUUUUAUAAUCAUAAUGUACAUGAAUUAAAGUCCUGUUAUCUAUUUCUAAUAUAUCAGCCCAACAUACAGACAUCAUUUGGCGAUCCUGGUGCUAUUACACUUGCUCUGCUAAACUUGGUUCAAGAAAUGAAAGGGAGCACCACCAAGAAUGGAACAGUUAACCCUACAGCUCUAUUCACACAAGUUUGUAAAAAGUGAGCAUACAACGAAAACUACAUUGAAAAUUAUUCAAUGAGCAUGAACUGUUUGAAAUGUUCUGCUCUCACCACCUUUUGGUUGUCACAUUCCUGUUAAAGCUUGAGUGCAAGAAUUGGUGCAUUAUCAGAGAACUUACAUCGAUGCAGCUCACAUCAUGCAUAUAAUGGCUAGUCCUAAUCCAAAACUGCUCUUGGCACUUUUACAGAUGUUUUCAUUUGUAGAUAUGAAGGUUUUCAAUUAGGUUGUCCACUCAUCCAGUCAUCCUGUAUGCCAUUCAGUUUUGGAUGCCAUUAUUGUUAUCUUUUGUGGAAAAAAAUGGAAAUGUAUUAUAUUUUCAAUGCUUUGACUGCAGCACAUAAAAAUUAAGGCCUUUAAAAAAAAUUAAUUUGAUUUUCUUUCAGAGCCCCACGCUUUAAGGGAUUUCAACAACAGGACAGUCAUGAAUUGUUAAGAUAUCUUGUAGACUGUAUCAGAACUGAAGAAAUCAAGGUAAGUCAUCUGUACAAUUAUUUUAAGACUUUCUCAAAGCAUGUGCUGCUGUUACAUUUUAUCUGCUUAGGCUUUUGCUCUUCUUUGAAUUCACAUAACUGAAAGUGUCUAAAAACACUCUGGUGUAUCUUUUUCUGCAGAGAGGUCAGGCAUCCAUCUUGAAGUUUUUUAAACUGCCUGAAAGUAUUAGCCCUAAGAAAGUUGAUGAGGAAACAAAAGUUAAAGUAAAAGGUCAGUUUGGUUUUUAAAAAAAAAAUUGUUCUCAUGGAAGCUUCUUAAACCUAUACCAAGUAAUUCAACUACAGGAUACACACCUUUACAAUAAUUCUUUCUGGAUAACAAAAUUGUAUUUGACUGAUUUCUAAAGAAAUUUUAAUUUGAUCUUAAUCCUUAUGUCUUAUCUAGAAUAUGGCAGACAAGUGAAGCACACAUUUCUGGAUAGUUUGUUUGGGGGCCAGUUGGUCAGCACAGUGAAGUGUGAGGAGUGUAAGACUGUAAGUAUUACAGUUUGAAGUGUUGUUGACUAUGAGCUUAGAUGCAGUCUUUGGUUUUAAGCAAAUGCAAAUAUCAGAACUUUUCUAUAAUGAGUAAUAAUAGAGCACUUGUUGAAACAAAAAAAAAAAGGUUUUGGUGCGGCAAGAAAGUAAACGUUCUAAUAAAAUGUAAAAAUAUCAGGUCUGGUUGAUAAUAAUUAUUAUUAUUAUUGAUGUUAAAGUUUUUUAAGAGAAUCCUUUAACCAUGCACAGUUAUGAAAUAAUUUAUUUUGUUGAACACACCAGGUAUCACAGAUUUGUGAAGCAUUUUUAGACCUGUCACUGCCUGUCAUGGAGGAGAAGGUAAACUGAAUGAUUUAAGAUAUUUUCAUUCAUAGUAAAUAUAAUUUAUUUUUUAAAAUAGAAACUCACCAAAUGUUGACUCCCAAGUUUAAAAUAAAUAAAAUGGUGCUAAAUUUUAAUCAACUGUUAUGAACAUUUUCUUAAUAAAAUUGGAAUUCACAUGUAUUAGUUUAAAAAAAAAAUAAAUAAAAGCAAAAAAAAACAAAGUCUAGAAAAUUAAUUGAGUUAACAAACAAGUUUGUCUCGAUAUAAGUAUAUACAUUUUUUUGUUCAAUGCAACAGUAUAGAAACAGAUAUCAGACUUGUAGCUUACCGUUUUUUAUGUGGGGGGGGGGGGGGGGUUAUUUAGUUAAAUAAUACAUGGGCAGAUUUUAAUGUAUGAUGGGGCUAUGGCCGAUCAUUUGAAAUACAUGCAUUCUUGACUAAAUAUUUUCAUAUGACAUUUCUUUAGCCUCAGCGACCAAAUCUGAUUUUGAUUGGUAAAAAAAGAGAUUCAGUGAUCCUGGGAGAUGUGACAGAAGAGGCAGGUGCCACAGCCAAUAUAUCCUCAAUGGGCUUGGAUACGUAUAUGGAAAAUAAACCCAGCAAAUAUCAAGAGCGUAAAAGUAAACGACUGGCUAAAAAAGAUUCAAAGGUAUGUUUCAUUUUAACAUGCAUGCAUAAACAAAUAUUUGUCUCAUGCUUACAAAAUAUUUGAUUUAGUGUGUAAUGCCUUGUCAUAAAUACCCAUUGUAUAUUUGUAACAAAUUAAAUAUGAAUUUGCCUGAAUUAAAACAGUCCUUCAUUUAAGUGAUUGAUUAAAAAAAAAAAAAUUAAUGUAAACAACAAUCUACACCUUAUAAAAGUGUGUUCUGUCUGGGGAAAAUGUCAGAAAACAUUGCUAAAUUGUAAAAGAAACAUGAGGAAAAUGAGAUCCAUUAUUUUUGUAACAGUGGUUAUCAAUCAAUUCAUAAAAUAUACCACACUUACUACUGCAGAGGAAAUCAAAAUGUCCGAAGGCCAAGUCCACAGAACCAAAUGACUCCGGUGGAAAGGGAGACAAUGAAGAUAAACAGGAUAUAGAUGCAGGAAGUGAUGAGGGAAACCCUGUUGACAUGGACAUCGAAAACAACAAUGAAAACAAGCAGAAAGACUUGGAGAGCCCCGAAUCAGAGCAGACUAGGGACCAGGGAGGAAUGUCCAGGCAAGAUGAGCAGACGGGCUCCGGUCACAGUUCCGUUGUCAUCGACAGCUCACCAGAGGGUAGCAAAGAUGGGGUGGAUGCCAACGAAAAUGAAGACGACACCUCAGGUUUGACAUUUCUAUGUUUUGUAUUGUCAUUUUUUCUCAGGUAAUUUUAGAACACACACACACCUUUAACAAAUUAAUUACUCCAUAUUGAUGAUGUUAGCUUUUUAAGCCAAAUUUUUUUCUAUAGCUUUUUCUGAAAACAUUAAUUUUAAUAAUUGAUAGCCUUUCUCUUGGGUUGUAUUGAGAACCACUGUUAAUGAGAGAAAUAGCCAUGUACAGAUCACAUGCUUGAGGGAAAUGUUUUGAGCUUACAAUAGUGUCAGGUGAAUGUCAGAUAUUAGGUUUGGUGUUUGCCGCUGUCAUAUAUUUAUGGCUUGCAGCAUGUCGAGCUUUUAGAUGACUGGUUGUUACUGAAGUGCUUGAAGGAUAGAUGCAGCAUAGUUGGGUUGACGGAUACCAAGUAAAACUCCAACACCAAAUAAACUUAGAAAAGUUUAUUUAAACUGUAUAUCAGUUCGCAAAAGUAGACUACGCUUGACUAUACAUGAAUAUCGAUAGUUUCCUUAGUGCACUAAUUUCUGCUAAAAGGACUUCCUCUCUAUUCAAACAUACUACAAGGUCCAUGAACAUCAAGCUCUCGCCAUAUCUCUAUUUCAGUGGUUCUUAACGUUUUUGGAGGUACCGAAACCCACCAGUUUCAUAUACGCAUUCACUGAACCCUUCUUAAUAGGAAAGAUAAAAUAUGAUUUUUUUUCCCCCGAUUUAUUUUGGACCUCAGCCCGCCGAACCCCUGAGACUGACCCACCGAAGCCCUGGGGUUCGAUCGAACUGAACCAUUGCUCUAAUCGUUCUGUCUCUCGAUCUCUCUACAAGUCACAGUAUAUAUACCCACUCAUUUUAAAAACACACAGCUUUCAACCAAUGGACACAAACGUCUUUGAGACAUGGAAUUUUUUUGGCUGCACGUAAUUUAAACUGCCCACUUAAUCUAUUUAUUAUGCAUUGUAUAAAAAUCUUUCAACCUAUGGACACAUGUCCUUGAGACAUGCUUUUAUUCUAUUUAAUUACAGCAGCUCAAUUGUCCUAUUUAAAAUAAAACAUUCACCCGUGGUUCCAUGACCUUGACAGUGAUCGAUGAGGGGAAAAUAGAAAGCUAGGGUUCAAAAAAAUGUUUGAACUACAGGAAAAAAGGUUUGAUAGUGAGGAGGCUUAUGGGUAAGAAUCUUUUAUUAGGAUUAUAUUAGUGUAGGGAGGCGUCCUUUUGAAGUUCAGACCAACUAGAGAACAUGUCUGUGGCCAUUUUUCUGAUCAGCAUGUUGUGUUUUUUUUUUUAAACAAUUUUAUAUUGUAUAAGAUGAUUCUUAUACCUGUGUUAUCAGUUUUACUUCCAUUACCAUGAUUAGAUGCUGAUGUAGAGGAUAACAUAGAGAGCGACAUUUUGAAGCUGGAGUGCACAGCUACAGCUGAAAUAUCCUCGCGCCCCCAUGCCGAUAAGCAUGAUGGCCUGCAUGACGUAAGCCUCGAGACAAAGGGAGAAAAUGAAACAUGUUCUGUCUCUGCCGAAAGUGUUUAUGUGUCCAAAUCUUACGACGCAGAUGUCAACACUAAUCAGCAGGAACUGAUUGAACAGACGCAAAGGAACCAGACAGCUGUCCAGAUGACUGAUAGGACUCAGAAAACUGGACACGGCACACUGACUUCUGUAACUUUGUGUGAUCAUAGUCAAGCUAAUGAUAAACCUGGGUCGGCCGAGGUCAGGCUAAAUGGACAGGGAGCCACCAGAAAUGGCUUUGUUGAGCAGGCUCUGAUCUCGUGUAAACUGAGAGAAACAGAAUCUGUCGCAAAUGAAAUAAAUGAGACUCCAGUGGUUAACUUAGCCAAAGACAGGGGAACAGGUCUUCUUAUAGAUGAGCAGUGUUCUAAUUUGGAGAAUACUAAUAUACCAGCAAUAAAUGGAAUAGAUGGCUCCUGUAUAUCCUGUGAAGUGAGUGUCAAGAACUCUCAGGUGAUUGAACUUACCAAUGGUGUUGGCAGACUGACCAUCAGUGACAGUGAUGGGGAGGAGGAGGGUCUGAAUAAACAGAACCUGGAUACACAACACAAGAAAGGUCAGUGUGACAACAACAACAAACAUAAAACAAAUGCUCACGCUCAUGAGGAUGCCCAGGUCAGUGCCACAUUCAGUUUCACCCUGCCCGCCAAUAACGGCGCUGGGCACGGAGAGAAGUCCAACAGAUCACAUUCCACCAGUCAGUCAGAAGUCACCGCCAACGUCGAUAUGGGGGAUGUGGACAUUCAGAUCAGAUCUGAAGAGAAACAUCAAGCUCACAUGAACGUUUUAAAGACCCAACAGGAGUACUUGAAGGAUGCCAGAAAUUACUCGAUGAACACCUUAGCCCCUAGGUAAUGUAUGGCUUAAAUUACACUGAUAAAGCUUCUCUUUAAUAAUAAUCAGUUGUUCUCAGAUUUUUUUUUUACAACCAAGCUGCAUUUUCUACAAAAUAGCCUGCUUAAUCAUGAAAUAGAUUUAUAUGAGCUUAUAUUGUUGUUAUGUAAACAGAUAAUUUGAGCAAGCUGUUACACAUGCACAUUAUUCUAACAGAUACCAUCCAUCACCAAAAGAAUGUUCUAUACUGUCAUGCCUGAACCAGUUCACUGCUGCUGAACUAUUGACUGGCUCCAACAAGUUUGGAUGUAAGGAAUGUUCUAGAAGGAAGAGGAGAAAUUCUCAAACAUGUCCUGCAAAAAGUGAGUCUCUCAUAAACCAACUAGAAAUCAUUUGGUCAACAUAAUUAUUGACAAAACAGUUUGUCAUAAAAUAAAGCCUUUAUUCUCAGAAAUGUUUAGAAGAAAGACUGAAGAAAAAUUGCCUACAAUAUAAGUAUAUUUAAUUAACUUAAGUUAAAAUAUCUUUAAAAGUUGGAUUAUAAUUUUUUUUUAAAGAAUGUUUUCAUCUUUUCAUCCCAGCUGAUAAAAAGUUGAAGGACACAGUCUACUCAAAUGCCAACAAACAGUAUCUGAUCUUUCGCCCACCAGCCGUCUUGACCCUUCAUCUUAAAAGAUUUGAACAAGUUAGUAUUAAAAUAAAGCAUUGUGUACAAAACUUGCCAUCCGGCCCCAUCCUUUUAAAAAUGAGGGGAAAAAAAGCAAUAUAAAUGUAUUUGCUGUCCUAGUAAUUGUGUGUGGCUGCGACGCGUUGCUAAUUUAUAAGGGUUUCUGAAAGUCAGUCCCAUUUCAAACAAAAGCUCCUAGGCCAACACAUUGAUGUUCAUUUGAAUAUCCUCAGACUGGAAUUACCUCAAGAAAAGUCAAUAGACAUGUUGACUUCCCAUGUGUGCUGGAUUUGGCACCUUAUUGCAGUUCUUUAUGUUUGGUAAGAUUUUCCCAUAUUGUAUUUUUCAUUAUCAUUUUUUAGAGUUGUGAAUCCUUUAUCUUGGGGCUUAUGUCAGCUCAAAGCUUUUAUGUUAGAUGACCUGUAACAGCGUCAUAAAUGAUUCAAUUUGCAACUUAUUAUAUCACUGCAUAAUACAAAUGUAAUUAUAGUUGAACCAACUUAUCUUGACUUGCCAACCCUAUUAAGUAGAUGUUUUUGAAGUGGAACUGCCAAAUUCUCUCUUUGUCUUAGCAUUUUUUCAUGCGUUAUGUCGAUUCUUUUAUGUCGCCGAACCCUAAUACCUGGAGCACAAAAUGGGUACCAAAUUUGCCACUUAACGUUGGUUAUCUUGACCCCCAUGACCAAUCGCUGGCUUUUGAACUCUGCAAGAGGAAAUAACAAACAACAAAUAAACAAGUUUUGCAUAAUGAAAAUUAAUUAUUUAUUUCUCAAUAUACCGGAGUGAAAGAAUCCCUAUAUUGGGUGUUAUUUGGAAUUGCCCAAUCCUAAUGUAUUUGGUAUGGUUGUAAAGCUUGUUAUUUCCAGUUCAAGAUAAAUAUAGCUUAUUGUCAUAAAGAAAAUUACGAAAGCAACCCAACCUUUCAAUCGCAGGUAAUUUCAAGAAAAACUUGGUAUUUUCCUGACCUACUUCUUGUAUCACAUGAUCUAGCCCUGACCCUUUGAAUAAAAUAAGCAUUUUGAUUGGUUCCUGUGUUGGAAUUCUGUUUUUAAUAACUCCUUCUGAUCGCUUCAUAAAACAAAUCAUGGCAACGCUGUUGUGUUAAAAAAAACUCCAAAACAUGUGCAUAUUCAUUCUCAUUUAUUAACGCACAUCAUGUACUUAAAUUUCAAGCUCAUAUUGCCAUCAUAUUGGUUUUCGUUUAUCUCGAACAUUGGUUAACUCAACGCUUUUUGGCAAACCCCUAUGCCGGCGACAUAAUAGGGUUCAACCUAUUGUUUUUUUCAAUUUCCUGGCCACAAUGAAGAUAUUAUACUGCAAGCUGCAUUCAUAUAUAGACCCUUGGGAAAAAACUUCAGAAUUUAUAUAAACAAUACUUGACAGAAAUAUGAAUUUUUAUAGUAAAUUUGUAUUAAUUUUUAAAUAGAUUUUCCACUGAUUUUCUGUUUGGUACAGGGAGUUAAGGAAGGGCAGAGCAAAGUUUUGUAUUCACUUUAUGGAGUGGUGGAGCACAGUGGAAGACUAAGUGGAGGCCACUACACUGCAUACAUCAAGGUGCGACCAGGUUUGGGGCCACCAACACAGUUUUUACACACGAAUCCACCAGGACCUUUGGACUUGCUCAAUGUGUAAGUCACUGAAGAAUCAUCUUGUAUUAUAAAGUGUAUUCUUUUGAUUUAUAUGAAUUCAUAAUAAGAAAAUUAAUAAUCUUAAAUUCUGAAAACAGUUUUAAGUAAUGUCCUACAUUUGUUUUUUUAUUUUUUUUUUAUUUUUAAAGCUACCUGACCCGAGUAAUAAAAUCUAAAGAGAGUGGCCACUCCGAGAAGAUGGAAGGUGGAGGAGAAGUGGACAGAGACAUUGAAGCUAUGGCUGAGACACUAGCGCCACCUGGCCGUUGGUUUCAUAUUAGUGACAGUCGGGUGAACGAGGUGGCUGAAGCCGAGGUACUCCGGGCUCAGGCUUACUUGCUAUUUUACGAGAGGAUAUUUUAGACGCCUCAUUAUACCGUGAAUAGAUUGAGCUGGAUUAUACCACAGUCAGUGCUGCAGGAUAAAGACACCAGUGUGUGUGGCAAGGGAAGUGACAAGAAAUUUAUUUUGCCGAAGGCACUUUGGGUGAAAUGAUGUAGUGUGGUCUUGAGGUUGAGCUUGCACAGAGUUGCUGUGGGUUAAAGGUAAAAGGUCAUCUAGUCAAAGAUGUGAAACUUAAAUCACUUAGAUUGAAAACAUUGACUUUCUAAACUGUUGUCUAAAGAAGACUUACGAGGGUUUAAUUCAUUUGUAUUUAAUACUAUUAUUAUUUUAUUUUUUUUUCACUUCUGUUGAUUUUUGGGCAAUGGUUAAAAUGUUGUACUUGUAGUCAUUGUUGAAAACCACUGAUGUAAUGAGGUAACACAGAGCUGUUUAUUGUAAAUAUUGAAUGUUUGAAUUUUUUUUAAAUUCCAGACACUAGAGUUAAUUUAGUUGCUUUAUUUCUCUCACUCAUACAUGUACGCACAACUUUCAGAGACAAGAAAUAAUUGUUAAUAAUUGGUAUUUAUACAGAUUAGAUUUAUUCCCUUGGGAGAAGAAAAAAAAAUUGUAUCAAAAGUUCAUUUAAGUAUGUAAUAUAUCUAGAAAUUACCUUGUUUUAGAAAUGAAAUGAUUCAUUACUUCCUUUUAUUGAAAAGUAGCUUGAGAUAUUCAACCCCUUAAGUUACCAAACAUCAGAAAUAGGCCCUCACUGGGAAAACCAUUUUAAGGGGAACUGAUAAGAAAAAUGUCUUUUAUUAUUAAACUUAUUAAAAGGCGGAUUGCUGGCACAGGGACGUAGUUUUUUAUAUAAGGCAUGGGAAGGGUCCCAAGAUGCCAGGACCCCCC